UGGUAAAAGAAUGAUAGGACAAAUGUUCCAUACUAAUUCAUGUCUGAGUCAUGCAAGGAAGUGAAAUGACAGAAAAAGGAUUAACUUAGACUACUCGGGAAAAUACUUAACAAAAUAAUGUUCUUUUUCUGCGUUUGGAAACUUGAUAUAAGCUUCCUUGGAUCGUUGGCAGAUUAUAGUGGAGCCCAAAUAAGCAGACUAGGGCUUCGACUGAAAUUGUUUUGCAUGUUUUCUGCAUGAGGUGGCUGCAGACUUUUCAAGAGGGCUCCGCCAGUUCUGUAGCCGAGAUGAACACACCCCAGGCCCCACCAGUUCUGCAGCUGAGAUGAACACAUCCCAGAAAUAUCUCUCACUGUGUUCUCCGUCAAAGUCGUGUUUGACGUUCUCUCCAUUUUUUUUUUGUCACCAAUCAAACAGAAAAAGCCGCCUGUUUUACAUUACAUUACUCUGAUUAUUAACCAAAAAAGGUCGUUCCUGGGAAGGAAUUAACUGAUCCGUGAUCAUGGCAUCUUCGGUGGGUUUUCCACACCCAAUGUUUUGCUUGUUCAAUAACAAGAAAGAUUUGAGCCCCUCUGCCUUCGCUUCAACAUCACAAACCAUUUACAAAUGCAAGAAACCAGUUUCCAAGAAUAUUGGGAUGGUCAUGGCACCACAACAAUCAGAGCACAAACCUGCCACCACAGGCUCAGUCAAGUCUCCAAUGACUAUGACAGAAAAGAUUCUUGCUAGGGCCUCUGAGAAGCCCCAGCUGAGACCAGGUGACAACGUUUGGGUUAACGUUGAUGUAUUCAUGACUAAUGAUAUUAGUGGUCCUGGUUCCAUUGGUAUCUUCAAGAAAGAAUUUGGUGAAGAUGCUAAGCUUUGGGACCGUGAAAAGAUUGUUGUUAUACCUGACCAUUAUAUAUUCACAAGUGAUGAACGUGCAAAUCGUAAUGUGGAUAUCUUGAGGGAGUUUUCCAUGGAGCAAAAUAUCAAGUACUUUUAUGAUAUUAAAGAUCUUAGUAAUUUUAAGGCUAACCCCAACUACAAAGGAGUAUGCCAUGUUGCACUUGCUCAAGAAGGUCAUUGUAGACCUGGAGAGGUUUUGUUAGGGACAGAUUCUCAUACCUGUACUGCUGGAGCAUUUGGUCAGUUUGCUACAGGAAUUGGAAAUACUGAAGCAGGUUUUGUAUUAGGCACCGGGAAGCUUUUGCUCAAGGUACCACAAACUUUGAGGUUUGUGAUGGAUGGUGAAAUGCCUCAUUAUUUGCUUGCAAAGGAUUUGAUUUUGCAGAUCAUUGGUGAAAUUUCUGUAGCCGGUGCAACAUAUAAAUCCAUGGAGUUCAUUGGCACAACUGUUGAAAGUUUAAGUAUGGAAGAACGGAUGACAUUAUGCAAUAUGGUUAUUGAAGCUGGUGGAAAGAAUGGUGUUGUUUCUACUGAUAGUACUACAUUUAAGUACCUUGAGGAUAAAACAUCUGUGCCAUACGAACCACUUUAUAGUGAUGCACAAGCAAGUUUUCUUUCAGAGUUCAGAUUUGCUGUCUCAAAGUUGGAGCCCUUGGUAGCUAAGCCUCAUUCUCCUGAUAAUCGUGCUUUGGCAAGAGAGUGCAAAGAUAUUAAAAUUGACAGAGUCUAUAUUGGAUCUUGUACUGGUGGCAAAACAGAAGAUUUUCUUGCUGCUGCCAAAGUCUUUUUAGCCUCAGGCAGAAAGGUCAAAGUCCCCACAUUCCUUGUUCCUGCUACCCAAAAGGUUUGGAUGGACAUAUAUACUGUCACUGUACCAGGAUCUGGUGGCAAGACUUGCUCCCAGAUUUUCGAAGAAGCUGGCUGUGAUACACCUGCAAGCCCUAGUUGUGCUGCUUGUAUGGGUGGCCCUAAAGACACAUAUGCACGCAUGAAUGAAGCUCAGGUCUGUGUCUCAACAACAAAUAGAAACUUCCCUGGUCGGAUGGGACAUAAGGAAGGCCAGAUAUAUCUUGCUUCCCCAUACACAGCAGCUGCCUCUGCUUUGACUGGUUAUAUCACUGAUCCAAGGGAGUUUUUGCAGUAGAAAUGGGACCAGCAUGAUAUUUUAUGAGUAUUUUGUAUUUUGUACUACUUCUAAGUCCAGAGAGAGGUAGACAGAGAUGCAGCUGAGGUGCUGGGUAGUGUUGUGUAAAUACUUUAAUAUGUUGUUUUCAUGACAUUUCUUCAGCUUUAAUAGCACUAAUGUGUACUAUAUAGUAGCAGAAUAGUUCAGGAAGCUUGCACAAGGAAAAGGACUUGUUAGUGAUAAGAAUAUCUUAUUAUAUGUGAUGAUUUUCAUCACUUAAAUGAAAAAUUCUACCAAA